AUGCCUGCCCGCCUCACGUUUUUCUGGCGUUCUCUCCGGUUACCAUGGCGCACACGCGUCUAUGUUGGCUCUGAUCUUUCUGGCAACACCUAUUACGAAUCCCUCACCCGUUUUCAUGAUCGAACGAGACGUACAGUUGAUUUAAACCGUCCAAUACCCGUUGCAGAGUAUCGCGAACAUGACUUGCCUGUGCAAUGGCAGAGCUGGUUGAAACAUACCAGGUUCGACCCGCCCACGCUACAAGAGUUGGAAGAGGAUGAAAGGAGAAAGCGCGUCAUGAAAGAAAAGGUCAAAUUAUUGGAAAGUCAGUACGCCGACGAGAAAAGGAAAAGGUUAGAAAAUGCAGAAGAGCGACAAGUGGACAAGAGUCGAGAUGGAAAAGAAGUUGCAAGACAAGAAUCGUUAGCUGAAAAGUUGUCAAAGAAACCUAUCCCCAGUGAUGACUUUCGACCCGAGGAAUGGAUACCGGAUUCAGAUAAGAAGCAGGCCUAA